AUGGCGUCGAAAAGAAAUUUGUACAGACCUGCACAAACUCAGGAAAAUGUCGGACAAAGAAAGCCUAGGAAGACAUUAGCCCAAGGACGUCUUAUAACAAGCGGAGGACAACCUAAUGGCAGUGUUCCAGCUGCAGGACGAGGUCCCAAUUCAGUUGGUCAGAAGGCAGGAGGGAGGCUUCCCCAGGGCACACUUGAUACCAGCUCCAGCAGUCAGACGGCAGGGAACCGGGCCCAAGACAGGAAUCAUUUGUCUAACACCUCUCUGUCCAGUUCCCAGCUCCAUCAGUCAUCAAUUAUACAGGGUCGUCUGGAGGAGUCAGUCUUUUCUCCUAGGAGACAAGUGCCAACCCAGAGUGAGGCCCGGACCCCAAGUAGAGGCCCUGAUGCAGGAAUCCUGGACCUGACAGACAGUGAGGUUGGGGAUGAUACCUCUGAUAGGGCCUCCGCUCUAGACAUCAGGAGCCACUACCAGCGGCCUGGAGAAGUGCUGUGUAUGAAUGCCGGAAGGGGAACAGUAGACGUGGACAGCUCCAUGGUUGACGUCCGGCUAGGGCUGGAUAACUCACCCGUAAAGAUUGUCUGCCACUCUCCCUCUCGCAUCAACCAUACAAGACAACAACAGAAUCUAAUCGCUGAUACUCAGUGCAAUAUCGAAAAUGAAGACCGGCUGCCCCACAAGAGACCUGUGAUUAUCAAAGAACGAGCAGAUGACCAUGUAGACCCUUACACAGCCGUCCAGUCUGUGCCUAUGUCCCCACCAGACCGACGGGUGCUCCAUGACCUCCACACUAACGUGACCCCACUGUACUUGAGCGACUCGGGUGCGUCAGACCUGGUCCAUCCGGAGAGACUGGAGGACAGGUUGUCCGAUCAUAGUGACAAUGACAGUCUCAACAUGAAAAUGAAGGAUGUCCAUGUCACCAAUCAUAAAGUGAAACCUGAUGGAAAGACAAAAGCACCGUCAUCAGUCAAAAAAGAGAAAAAGCUUGAAUCAGCUAGGAAAAAGAAAGGUCGAGUGAUACCAUCCCGUUACAUGCAGGUUGUCGAGACCAAGGCAAAGGCAUCAUUAUCAGCUAGAAUGGACAAGUCUUCCAAUGACUCAACAAAGGCAAGCAAAAGUCUAGACAUAUGUCCACCAUCUGCCAAAAAAACUGUAAGGAAAGUACGGCCACUGAACACAGCGGCGAAGAGACGGGAGGUAAACCGGCCAUGCACGCCCGAGAACCAGUCAAUGGCGUCGUCCACGGGCGGGAAAACCUCAACACCGACCAUGGACUGCUCCACCUUUACACAUGACAUGGACAUUGACGCCUCUGCCAUUCACCCAGAAGUCUCAUUAUUAGCAGGCAGCCAUCAGCCCAGCACGGCCAAUCAGGGUCGGUCCAGGUCAAGGUUGAAGCCGGAUCUCACAGACGAUUUAUUGGGUCAGUCCAUUGUCUCUAACGUUUCAAUAUACCAGCAAUCAACCAUAGCUUCAAAACCAAAACAGAAGCGGGAUCCCAAGCAGGCGCAGCGGUGUAUAGACCUCCAGCACAUCUACAGUCUACAGUGGGCCUUCCUGGAAGCAAAGGCUAGGAGAACCCUACAAGAGCAGGAGAAACAGGCCAUGGCACAGAUCUAUGGCGUCCAUGAGGAGGUAGAGCGAUUGAGAAAGGACAAAGCCGAGCGGGAACAGUACCUUGCUCGUAUACGCCACACCAAUACAUCAGACCAUAUGGCGGAUGUACAGCGUCAGUGCCUUGGUCCCGUGGUCAACAGCCUGGGUGACCUACAGAAGCAGUACAAUCAGCUGGCCUACGCACUUGACACCACACGGCACCAGCUACCCCUCACAGACGUACAUAUACCUGACCACAGGGAACACUUAGAGGGAGAGCUAGAGUGUGAGUUGUUGGAGAGCGAGCGGCUGCUUGGAGAGAUCAGCUCUUUGACGGGAGGGGACGUGCCUGACAUCAUCAACAUGGGCACCGCCCUCACUGCCAUGGAGAACUCCACCAAUCUCAUGGAGACAGAACUUAAAAAGAGUCAAGAGUUGCUAUCUGCUGUGGAGACACUUGCUGUCCAGGAAUGUUCCCUCCGAGCUCAAGGCAUACAGUCUCUUGACCAAUCCUGAGACGGAGACAUGUUUAGGAUUUGUGAAAUAAGACACAGAUAUAUGAUGCUAUUGUUGAUGUUGUUUUAGUCCCUAUGACCGUUAGUGCCUUGAACAGUUAUUGUAAAGCCAUUCUUAAAAAAACAAGUUGUAUGCUAUGACCUGACAAACUCACCAAAAAUUUCAGGAUGGCCUAGUCAAUUUAUUUCACCCCAGAACUAAGCAAAGCAAUUUGUUAGUAAUGAUAUGCCUAGUUUAAGUGAUCUGAUGAAGAUGCAUGGAACAAACAUUUCAGGAUGGCCUAGAUUAAGUGAUCUGAUGAAGAUGCAUGGAACAAACAUUUCAGGAUGGCCUUGUGUAAGUGAUCUGAGGAAGAUGCAUGGAACAAACAUUUCACGAUGGCCUAGUUAAAGUGAUCUGAGGAAGAUGCAUGGAACAAACAUUUCAGGAUGGCCUUGUUAAAGUGAUCUGAGGAAGAUGCAUGGAACAAACAUUUCACGAUGGCCUAGUUAAAGUGAUCUGAGGAAGAUGCAUGGAACAAACAUUUCAGGAUGGCCUAGUUUAAAGAUCUGCUGAAGAUGCAUCAAACAAAAUUUUAAGAAGGGCCUAGUUUAAGAUCUGACAAAGAUGCAUACAGAAUUACCUAGUGUUAAUGAUCUGACAAAGAUGCAUACAGAAUUACCUAGUGUUAAUGAUCUGAGGGAGUUACAUCUGAUAUUGUUGGUUUAUUGUAUUGCAGAAAAUGAAAUAUUAUUAUCUAAGGAAAUCAUGCCAUAGACUUUUUAUUUGUCUCAUUGUUUCAAAAAAUUGUUUAUUUUUUACCAUGAAUGAUAAAAUAACAUUUUAAGUAAGUUCAAAUCUAUCUACACAUGGAGUUUUUAAUCGCUACCAAGCCUUUUAUUUGCAUAUAGUUGAUGAUAUAUAUGUAUGAAUUAACUAUUUUUGUUGCUAGCUAAGAAAUGUUGGAGGUUUUUUAACUGUGAUGUAGUUUUAGGUUUUCUUUGUAACUUAUUACUUAUAAUUCAGGGAUGUGAUUUGUCUGUGUAUAUCUGCAGAUUCAACAGUAUCAGGAACACUACCACAGCCCCAAAUAUGAAAUUGGUGGUUCGUUAUAUAUUAUAUGCCCUUAGAAUUGAAAUUACAGUUUGCUUCAAAUUGAAGCCAGGAGCUCAAGAGGGCUUCUUUGAAUCCAGUUUUGCUACAGCGGCAGGCUUUCAAGAGGGCCCUUCUUUUCCUACUUUACCCUACUUUUUAGUUAGACUCAUACUUUUCCCUACUUUUUCUUGAAAAAGCCCUACUAUCCCUACUUUUGUGUAAAAAUAGUUUGAGAAAGUAUAGAAAAGUUUAAACUAAAUGAAUUGAUUGAGAUAAUCUAAAUCUUGAUUUCAAUAAGAAGCCAUUUCCAGUAAUUUGAAGGAUUAGUUUGAUGCAGUAGGUCUUCAGUGCUGCAAGAGGGGUUCUAUGAUGAGAAUAAGUGGCGUAUGUUGACAAGUCUGAGACACUGAUUCCAGAUUUAUCUCCUCAUCCUGUGGCUGAAUCCUUCUUGACGCACGGGUUUCUAAGCAAAGAUAACUAUGUAUAUCACAAUUGAUGAAUAGCUUGCAUCCAAAAAGGUAAGAAAGGAGCCCUACUAUCCCUACUUUUUAUGCCCCCACAAAGUGGCGGCAUAUAGGGUUGCCCUUGUCCGUACGUACGUCUGUCUGUCUGUACGUACGUACGUACGUCCCGAAGAUUGUUUCCGAUCUAAUUCUUGAAAACCGUUUGUCCAAUCCUCACCAAACUUUAAACACAUGUUUGUGACCAUAAUAUCUUGAUCAAGUUCGAUAGUCAUGGAAAUCGCUUUAGUCAUUUAGGAGUUACGGCCCUUUUUUGCCCAAAAUACUUCAAAAAUAUAUGUUUCCAAUCUAAUUCUUGAAAAGUGUGUGUCCAAUCCUCACCAAACUUUACAUACAUGAUUGUGACCAUAAUAUCUUGAUCAAGUUCGAUAGCCAUGGAAAUCGCUUUUGUCAUUUAGGAGUUACGGCCCUUUAUUUGCAAAAAAAGACUUGAAAAAUACGUCCCGAAGAUUGUUUCCGAUCUAAUUCUUGAAAACUGUUUGUCCAAUCCUCACCAAACUUUUAACACAUGUUUGUGACCAUAAUACCUUGAUCAAGUUCGAUAGCCAUGGAAAUCGCUUUAAUCAUUUAGGAGUUAGGGCCCUUUAUUUCCCAACAAUACUUAAAAAAUAUCUUAUCCGAUCUAAUUUUUGAAAAGGAUUUGCCCUUGUGCAGAUUAUCCUGAAUAAUCAUUAUGGCUUAUUUUCUGUGACAAAAAAUCGAAGUGGGGGCAUCCGUGUCCUAUGGACACAUUUCUAGUUGCUCUUAAUAUCCCUUUUUUGCCCUACUCUUUCAAAAAUCCUACUUUUUUGUUAUUGGUCAGUUGAAAGCCUGAAGUGGCCAUACCUUCCCCUUGCUGAAAUGGUUUCAGCCCUUCAUCUGCCAGAUCAAUCACAUCCCUGUUAUUCUAUUUAUUUGUAUUAUCUUGGUAUAACAAUAUGUGUGUAUUGGACCAUUAACAAGUAUUUGUAGAAAUGCUUAAAUGCAAUAGAAGAUAGAUGAACAUAAAUACCUGGAAAGUAUUUCAUUUUCAUGUGUUUGUGACUAAAUCUAUAUAUAUUUUGUGAACAAUUCUAGAAAAUAUAUCUUCAAAUAAGUCUAUUCAGAACAAAUUCAUACUAAAAACUCCUCAUAUCCUGUGGCUUUGUUAUUUGAUUAUUACUAUUUUUUAAGAACAUUUACCCUAACAACUGCAAUAAGAUACUAUGCAAUGGUUAUAAAGUGGGCAGCAAAAUAAAUGUAUAAUGAUAGUAGUUGUAUCUGUUGAUUUGGUCUUACGUCAUUAAAUUAGAUAUACUUCUA